UCUAUGUACCUUUUUAUAAUACAAUAUAUGACAAUAUAGCCAGAAGUAAAUGUAUGUGACUGACAGAAAUGAAAUUAGUAGUAGUAGUGAACUAUGUGUGUGUAUACACUAUGUAAGAAAAGCACAUAAUGUCACUUUUAAUGUUAAUAAUUCGAUGUCUAAAAUCUCAGUUUGCCAGCAGUCGACUUUCAUAUUUCUAAUACACGAUGUAAACAUGUUUGUCCUUCUGCUCUAAAAAGUUUGGCCUUUUAUUUUGAAGACAAUAUGUGCUCACUUCCGGUUAGUUGUGUCCGUCUGCUGUAGCUUCCCCGGACUAACGGCAGCCAGAGUGGCGCCGCUAGCUUAAACAACAACGUAAACUUUCUUUUUACCCCGCAAUAAACAGUUCCGGGUUUCUCUAAACUCAGUUGCAAAUGUAAAAAAUACCACACCGUCAUGUCAUGUGGUCGUUUGUGAGCUAGCGUUAUUAUUAUACAGGUAAAAACUUGGUGAACUGGAGCAUUAUAGUUUCUGGUUCAUGCUCUCUGCCAACCCAGCGAGACCCUCAAAACAGAAACAUUGUGUGUUUAUCGGUUUUUACUGGAAACUAAUCUGUGCUCUCAAUCUGCUCAGUAGUACAACACAAUAGUAACAAGGCAGCGACAAACCUCUGGUAAAAAAAACAACAACAACACGGAGGUCAUCUCUGAUCGUCUCUGCUCCGGCUUCCUGAUUAUGUGAAACUGUGUCAACAACACACACAUAUUCCCCAGAAAGUGCAGUCAGAGACAACAAAAAAAAAGCCAAGAUGUCCAUCACCAACACACCUACCAGCAACGACGCCUGCCUGAGCAUUGUGCACAGCCUGAUGUGUCACAGACAGGGUGGCGAGAGCGAGACGUUUGCCAAGCGGGCCAUCGAGAGCCUGGUGAAGAAACUGAAGGAGAAAAAAGACGAGCUUGACUCCCUCAUCACGGCGAUCACCACCAACGGGGCCCAUCCCAGCAAAUGUGUGACCAUUCAGAGGACACUUGAUGGACGCCUGCAGGUGGCUGGACGUAAAGGGUUCCCUCAUGUAAUCUAUGCCCGGCUGUGGCGGUGGCCUGACCUGCAUAAGAAUGAACUGAAGCACGUCAAAUACUGCCAGUUUGCCUUCGACCUCAAGUGUGACAAUGUGUGUGUCAACCCCUAUCACUAUGAGAGAGUGGUGUCUCCUGGCAUAGACUUAUCAGGACUGACACUGACCAGUUCUGGACCCAGCUCAGGACUAAUCGUUAAAGACGAGUACGAUUUUGAUGGGCCGCAGAGUCUGCCCUCCAUCGAUGGAGGGCACUCCAUCCAGACCAUCCAGCACCCCCCAUCUGGCAGCCGCCCGGCCCCCUCUGAAUCAUUUGCGACCCCAAACCUGCUCCCACCUGCUGAGGCCUCUACCUCUGCCUCAACGUCAUCCUUCCCGGCCAUUGCUGCUGGAUCAGGCAGUGCCAGCUCGACCUGGACUAGGAACAACAGCUUCCCCCCCAACAUACCCCACCACACCAACGGUCAUCUACAACACCACCCUCCUAUGCCACAUCCAACACACUAUUGGCCUGUGCAUAAUGAGCUCGCCUUUCAGCCUCCCAUAUCCAAUCAUCCAGCUCCUGACUACUGGUGCUCCAUUGCCUAUUUCGAGAUGGACGUUCAAGUUGGGGAGACAUUUAAGGUGCCGUCUUCUUGCCCCAUAGUGACAGUGGACGGCUAUGUCGACCCCUCAGGAGGGGACAGGUUCUGUUUGGGCCAGCUCAGCAACGUACAUCGCACUGAGGCUAUUGAGAGAGCAAGGCUUCACAUUGGAAAAGGAGUUCAGCUGGAAUGUAAGGGCGAGGGAGAUGUGUGGGUGCGAUGCCUCAGUGACCACGCAGUGUUUGUUCAGAGUUACUACCUGGACAGAGAGGCUGGCCGAGCCCCUGGAGACGCUGUUCACAAAAUCUACCCCAGCGCUUACAUCAAGGUGUUUGACCUUCGUCAGUGCCACAGACAGAUGCAACAGCAGGCUGCCACGGCUCAAGCAGCAGCUGCAGCCCAAGCAGCCGCAGUGGCUGGGAAUAUUCCUGGACCUGGAUCAGUAGGAGGGAUAGCUCCAGCUAUUAGUCUGUCAGCAGCAGCCGGUAUUGGGGUAGACGACCUCCGGAGGCUGUGUAUCCUCAGGAUGAGUUUUGUCAAGGGCUGGGGGCCCGACUACCCCCGCCAGAGCAUCAAGGAGACCCCCUGCUGGAUCGAGAUCCACCUGCACAGAGCUCUACAGUUACUGGAUGAGGUUCUGCACACUAUGCCUAUUGCAGACCCACAACCUCUGGACUGAGACCUUCACAGCUGCAGCAGCACACUGCAACCUACAGUGGCAAUGGAAAGUCUUCCUCAGUGAACUGUUUUGCAUGGAGAAGCCAGUGAAACAGCUGUGACACUGAAGCUGUCCCACAUGGAAAAAAAAAAAUACUUUCAGGUUUGUUUGAGGCACCGUUGUGCACUGUGGCCCCUACUUUUACUUUUUAAGCAAGAGUGACACUAAAAUGAGCCAAAGCCAUAUAUUAAAGAUAUAUUUAGCUAUAUUUUUGAUAGAUGGCUUUGAUUUGUGAUGACUGGAAUCAUGACUAUAAAAAUACGUUGCAUAUAACUACAGUUAUAAAGCAUCACAACAUGCACAUAGAUGACCUGCAGAUCCCAUGAAACUGGAAUGUACACCGACUACUCAGCGUCCCCGGAGUCCAGAACCACCGACUACUCAGACAUUAGAUUCACUGAACAAUAAAAGGACAUUCGAGUGCCAUACAGCUGAGGGAUGAGACGCUGUACACAGAGGCUCUCAUAUCCAGUGUCUGGGCACCAGAGUACUGCGGUCAGUUUCCAUUCAAGCUGUUAGCUUUACAUCUGGGAUGACAAGCAAGUUCAGUCCGCCGUCAUGACUGGAUAGAAAAGCAGCAGCACUCCGAACAGCGAGGAUCACUGCUCAACAUCAAUGCUGAUCGCUGCCUCUCGGUCACUGGUCAGGGUUGGGGGACCACCCAGCUGGAACCGGUCAUACUGGGGCGUUCACAGCCAAUCCACAAAUAUCACAGAGAACAUAAUGCAUCAUGCCUAAAGCCGACUCUCAACCUCUUUUACUGGGUCUCUUAAACAAGGUCAAGUCUAUGGACUCUUCUAGGUCAGGUGUUGUCAAACUACAGGUUUGGACCUUUUUUAUAAACUGGCAGUGGGCCUGACAAAUCUAUUUUCUCCCCUUCUCAAUUAACUAAGAUUUCGGACUAAAGUUAGAGUUGAGGUUUUUGGACACAGACAAUUAUUUCCUCCUCUACAUGUCACAGCUAUGUUUUUUUUUUUUUUUCAUGACACACAAAGUUGAAUGAAUUACCCAGUGAUGAUACAGUACAUCUGUUUUCACUCAAAUAACCACAAAUGAUGACAAGAUUCUCAUUUAAGUGAUCAUUGGUCACCUGGUGUAUGGUUCCUGCCUUCUUCUAUGCUGCCAUGAAGGAUUAAUCUCACGCUCCUCCUUUGAACCGUUCAGUAAGACGGGAGCAAGAAGAGCCACACAGCUGAUCACAGUACAAGGAACAGGGUUUAUCAAUGUUUUGGCCAACCAAAGUAUUCAUCGCUUACAAACAUACUGUGAGCGUAGCGUGAUCAUGAGAGUGAAGACGUCCAGUCAGCUGCUGAACUUUGCCCCAGUUUCGUUAAUUUGGAGGUUUUCUUUUAUUUGAAUUUUAAAGCUUAAUUAUGUUUACUUGUAUUUCAGUUCUAUCUUUUUUUUUUUUUUUUUUUUUAUCUCCAAACAUACGCAGCAGUAUCUCCACACUCGAUGAGAAUCAUUGUAUUUAAAUAUCUUAUGACUUGCAGCCCACAUAUAUACUACUCGAUCCAGGUCUCUUGUAUGUAGUUUACUGAUAAAGAUGAGAGAAUUUGAGAUGGUUUCCCAGCAAUAUUCAUAUAUUUUCUUGGUUUUAUUUUGUUACUUUUAUUAAUUGAUUUGUAUUAUAUUUUUAGCACUUUACUUUUUUUUCUUGUUUUUAAUUCAGUAACCCUUAUUUUGAGGUGGUUGUCGUGCGAUAUGAACAAGGGAGUGAAUAGGUUGGUUUAUAUUUUACAUAGGAUUGUGAGCAGACGUGAAAUUGUGAUGCAUUUGUAUUAAAAACAUAUGUAACACUAUGACACCUUUUUAUUUUUUAAAUCUGCUUCUACCCUUUCACUCAUAGCCAUUGACACACACAUCUGUAGGGUUUCUUUUGGCUGUUCUGAGUUGCAGUCUUUCUAUUUUUGAUUGCAGUUUUUUUCCCCUCCUUUUUAAUCCAUGUAAAUAACUUUGUUUUUGAAGUGCAUGUCAAUGUUUGCAUGAAUUUUAAUGGAAAAUAGACCCAUUUAUCUCUACGCCCUUUUUGAAAUACAGAACUCGCCCUGUACCACACAGGGAAACCGGACUAUCUGAGGAGAGUAGGGAAAAAAAAAGCACUUGCUGUAUACAGCGCAGCAGGUGUGUUGUCUGUGUCUGGUUUACGAAAACGGCAUUAAAUGCGCACAGAGCUACACAUUCAUAACUGAUGUAAAUGAUCAAAUCUGACUGUAUAAAUUUUAGCAGCCAAGCCCCUAAAAAGAAAAAAGGUUUUAUAUAAAUACAGUAACGAGUCAGUUAUUAGUGUGGAGCCUCUCUUGAAAGUAAAACAAGUACAAGCAUAUUUUCUCUCUCGCAGGCAAAGUUGGUUUGACACAAAUAAUUUGAUUUCGGUCCCCUCCUCUCAGCCCCCGCGCUGCAUGUGAUACAUUUUGUUUUUAAAGGCAUUUGUAAUAGAUUACAUAUUGAUUAGAGUACAGUUUUUUUUUUUUUUUAUUUACUCACAAACAUCUGCCCAUGCUUGUUAUUUUUCACACCAAACUGCCAUACAGUAUAUUCUUUCUGGUCAUCCGUUAACGUAUGACAUUCAUCUGGUUUUAUGUCCAUAAACACGUGUGAUUUUUUAAAUUUUUUUUAAACAAUGCUGUCUUGGUGGGUUACAGCUGAAAUUGAAUUUGUUAAAGGUUUAGUUGAAAUUUGGGGUCUUUUUCUGCUGUGCCCCCAUCUCUGUCCCACCUUUUGAUUAUUUCAUCAUUUGAAUAGCAUUGUUAAAAAAUAAAAUAAAAAUGUAUAUCCUACAUCAGGGAGUCCAACUUUUGGGAUUUAUUCUCAUAAUUAUGCAUCUUGAUUGAUUAAAUGGCAGGAACGUUUCUGAUGAUUUUAUUUUAUGUUACUGAAAGAAGUGAUUCUGAAUUGUGUCUGGAGAAAUAAUCUGUUAUUUUCUGUUGUGCUUUAAGGUGGACAGAUGUUUUUAUAGUACUUGCAGUUAUUAUAGGAGCCUAAAGACAACAGCUCAAAUGAGUUGAUGUUGACUACUAUGACAGAUUGCAGAUAUAAAUUUUACCUGUAUUUCUUAUGUGAGAGUCUGUAAUUAAACAUGGAGUGGUAUUCUCUAA